CAUAUGUAGGUCAAUCCGACGAGAUUUAAAUAACUUGUCGUUUCUCUAGUGGAUGUGCUGUUUGAAAAAUUGGUGUUUGGGAUGUGCUACAGACAAAUAAAUGAGUGACGCCGCACUCCCCAGAUCAAUGUUAUCAAGGACCUACUACUCAUCAAAUGUGGAGAAGACCUUACGUGUCGCCAAUGACCUUACAGCCAUCCUAAAUCAGAUCGACUUUUCCCUGGAUCUGCAACAAUAUCUGUCAAAAUCUCACCCUCAGUAUCACAAUGCCUUGGAGGAGAUACAGAGGGAUAUUUUGUCAGAUGAAAUUAGUGUUCUCGUGGGCGGUGAGCGAUGCGAGGCUAAGCACCAACUUUUAUCAAGAUUUUGUGGUGAUUUGAUCACAAUAGACUCCUACAGAAAAAUUAGCAACGCCGAUAUUGUGAUUAAAGCUGGAGACGGCCCCGGGGUCAAAGUUUUCAAACGAGGAGAACAGGUUCAUGGCCUGUCUUGUAGGGUUGAAAACGCUCAAAAGGAUGAGCAUAAGGCAAUCAAAGAACAUUUAAAUUCCGUGGCGGAUGAUGUAUCAAUUCUUCGAGGCUGCUAUAUUGAAAUUGUGAAAACAGAUAAGUCAAAGGUGAAUGCGACGUUUCUAGAUGUUCCUGAUGAUUUGGGCGGAUUUGCAAUUAUAAAGGAUUAUUUGAGGCUGACGACCUGUUUCAUUUUCGUGGUGGAUAUCAGCAAUAUUAACGAUAUUCAGAAAUCAAAAAAAGUCCUCGGCAAUAUUAUAUGGAAACUGAAAAACAUUACGCCCUUUCAUGCUGACAAAGUCAUAGUUGUUCCGAACAAACAAUGGAGUAGAAAAUGUGAAACGCUUCCUAAUACAAACCGCCCACCGCGUCCCAGGACUGAAAUAUCUACCCUGGCUAUCACAGACGCGAUGCCUUUCAUCAAAGUGGAAAAUGUAUUUGAUCUACAUUUACUCAAGGACAUUACUCAGUUUGAUAAUUUUGCCGAUCGAAUCAAGAGAGAUGUUCUAUUUGGUGAAGACGAACAAAUGAAGAUCCAUCUUCAAUUCCUGCGUGGACUGGCAUGUAAAGCUAUCAAAAGCAUAUGUGUAAAGGAAGGACUCGUUCAAGCAGACAACCCGAUUUAUGAAGAGAAAAUACAGAAAGUCUCCAAGACAUUGUCUGAUAUACAGCAAGGAUAUUCUAAACUCAGCAGGAGAUCAACUGCAGAUAUUCAAGAUGUUCUUAUUGAGGUGACAAAAAUGGUGAGCACAGCAGAGGAUUAUGACGUGACAGAACCGGAAGACCAGUCGAUAGAUAUUCAGAUUCCUCCAGAAAGGCCUGUAAAAUCCCCUGAAGGAAGGCGGGAAAUAUCAUCAAACAGAGUUGUGGACUCUGCGACUUUGGAUGAGUUAUCAGCGAUAGAUCUUUCAGUCGUCGUUGAUUCAGAUUUCGUAGACCCCGGUGAAGACGAAGCAGACGUUACCCUGGACCCAGAGAGAAAACAAUCAAACGAUACCAUGGAGGAAUGGAACGACUCGGUGGAAAAUGUUGCAGAUGCAGUAUCGCAAUCAGUGCUCGAUCUGAAACAGGCCGUGGAACUAAGCGAGACAAUGGCACAAGAGGGGACUCCUAAUGAAAAGUUUCAAUUACUUUCGGCUUUUGUGAAUCAACUGUUGACCAUUGAAGACAUUGAGAAGGAGCUUGAAGGCGUUCAGGAUAAAGCGGAAGUACUUCCUGACAUAGAAAGCUUUGUCGACUCCAAAAUCACCUUCUCAGAGGGACAAGAAAGACUUGGCCGUGUAUACGAGUCAUUGGAAAAGAUCAUUUCAUUAAGGGAAUACGACAGUGCCCUGAAGCAAGAACUGGAACUUGUGUGCCCAAAAUACAGAACGGUUCUCUCGACAAGAGCUAAAGAUCUCAAAAGAACAGACUCGUCUAUAGUUGUUGCAGGUGAGACAAAUGCAGGGAAAACGACUCUUCUCAAUAAAAUCAUGGGGCGGCCUAUACUCACCUCGGACCACUUAUCAAACACAGGGCGAGUGUGUCGUGUUCGAAAUUCACAGAAGAAGGGGAUCCGUCUUUACACAAAAGAUAACCAAAUGAUUCAAGAAAUCUUUAUUGACAAAGCGACGGAACUAAAGAAAACAUUAAGGAAAUACUGUGAGAAGAAUGAAGAAAUGUCCCAGGAAACAUUUCAUUACGUCGAUCUUCUAUUCCCAGUGGAUGUUCUGAAAGGGGACGUUGUGAUUGUUGACACACCGGGAAUGAAUGAAGAAGAGAAGGUUAAAUCCAUGCUGGAGGAAUACCUACCAAACGCCCUGUCCUUUAUAUUUGUACUGAAUGUGGCGAAUGAUGGAGGCGUGCAAUGUGAUCGGAUUCCCAAACUGCUGCAACUUAUUCAAGAACACAAAAAGGACAUGCCGUGCUUCGACGAGCAGGAUGUGUUAUUUUUGAUCAACAAAUGGGACACAGUUGCCAUUCCUGAUCUUUUAGUGGACACAGAUGACGAGGAGGACGAGCAAGAAUUGCAAAGGAAAAACGAAAUACAAAGAAAUGAGGAACUAGACAGGAUCUGGAGGACUGUUGUCCGGAAAAUAAAGGACGUCUGGCCUCUAAAGGACGACAGAAAUGCAUUUCGAAUGACACUUAAAGAACAGGAUCCAAGUGAUGAAUACAUUCGAUUUAAAACGAGGCUUGCAGAUAUGGUCACAAAGACCGAAAACAAAAGGAUGAAGGAACAUUUAUGUUUCCUCAUUGAAUUUGCUCACAAUGCAGAGAGAGGGAUUAAAGCUAGGCUGAGGAUAUUUGACCUUUCUGAAGAAGAUUACCAGGCUAAAAUAUCUCGUAUGGAAAAACAAAUUAUAGGAAUGGAGGGAAAAUGUAAACAGAUUCAGGAAGAUCUGAAGCAAAAAUUGAAAGCAAAACUAAAACUCUUAAGCGCUGAACUUGUCGAAGAUAUGAAUAGUAGUGUGUGGAAAGACAAAGCUCUAAAUCCACCAGACAAAAAACCAAUCAAAGAAAUGCGAUUCAGAGAUCUGGCAACAGAAAUCCCAGCUAGGAUUGAGGACAUGAUCAAGAAGUGGAUGACUGAUGGGGAAUGUCGAAAACAAAUUGAAGAAACCGAAAAAGAAAUGAUAAGAAACUUUUUAACAAUGCAGGAACAAUUGAGUAAAAUUGAGGAGGAUUUGAUGGGCGAGUGUGCUGAAACAGAGUCGGAUUCCAACGUGCCGUUGGUGGUAGGAAUCGCUGCCACUUCCCCGCUAUGGGUACCCCUCCUCCUUAUAGCGGGAGUGGUGUGUUUAGCAGCGGUUGUAAUUCUACUGCCACUGAUUAUUGCCAAAGCGUAUAAAUAUACACGUGUGGAAAAGAAAGAGAAAGUUAUAAAUAUUAUUUAUGAUAGAUGCAUUCAAAAUCUUGAUGAGAAAGCGAUUAAAAAAUCUCUGAAAGUCGUCGUAAAACCCGUGAAAGACCAGAUAAAUAAAUGUUUCGUGGAAUAUAUCCCUGGUCAUUUGAAAAGUAUUACGGAAACGAUAGAGACCCUGAAAAGGGAAAGGGGUUACCUUAAAGAAAGAAAGAAUCUCUUCACGUUCUUGAACAAUACCUUCGUAGAUGUAAGAAAGAAUAUACAUGGUCUUAGAAAAGACCUCAACAUGGCACAAAGAUAGUUGAGUUCUAUCGUGUAUGAUUUCGUGUGUUAGGUUACCCAAAGAACCAUAGCCUAACAUGAUAAUUCGAAUACUUUUCGUAGCAUGUAUGUCCGUUUCCAAACGAUUUCGGUGUACACAACUAUUGUUGAAAAUUAGAUGUACGUGUGGGAUUGACAUCUUUCAAAUUAAGACAAUUCGGAAACAUUGAAACACAUGGUGGAAUAUGUAGAGGCUCAUACAUUUAAGAAAACCCGGAAAAGGGUUACUCGAAUCCCCUGGUGUGUCCAACGGGACGAGUUUGCCCCUUUCUUAAUUCAGCAUUCUUUACAAGAUUCUUUAUAGGUGGGUCACUGUUCUUUAUCUUCAUUUGUUCAUUUCAUUACAGCUUCAAGUUUAUGUUUACUACAAAUGUGUGAUAUAUAUAUGACCUGAACAUGUAAACCUAAACAUUCCGAAGUCCCUCCCCAAAUUUUGGACUGAAUCAUAUAUCUUUCAAUACUUUCAUUGUCAUUUGAUGAUUUGUUUAGCGUAUUGCAAUAUUGUUUCAUAUGUUAUUAUACUCAAUGAAUUACCAUCACAAAUGGGCAUUGCUGAAGUCAAAGUAAAGUAAGUGUAACAAAUGAUAUCUGGGAUGCAAUUUGUCAUCGUAUUGGUGUAGCUAUGUGUACUUCAUUUUGUAUACACUACAUAUCGAAGAAUUCUAACAACUUUACCGCUUUAUACUUAUGUGAUUUAUUAUGAGAUUGAUCACUGUUCGUUAUCUUCACCUUUCACUAUCGUGUGUGUACGUUUUUGUGCUUAGCGUGAUCUACAUGUGGGUUGUACUAAAGAAUGAUGUUCAGUGUGUGUUAUAGUUUUAAUUACGUUGUAUUACUUCAAUGCAGCAUUAGUAAAGAGAUCUAUCCAUAUUA